CGGGACUUGAGGGACUACGGGGAAGGAUUCGAAUUCGGCGAAUUUAAAUCGCGGAAGGAGUGGUCGCUGCGGCCCAGUAGUGCAGUGUUCCCUGGACUCCAGCAGCUGCCGCCAGCGCGGGGCACGCCAGGAGAGUGGCUCAGAUGGGACGUGGGGCCGUUCCUUCCGACCUGCGCGGUCUACAUGGGGUGGGGGCUCCCCGAGAGCCGGGCGUCGGCUCGGGAUCCGAAGAUCCCUCUCUUUGUGUGACACCUGAAACAGGGGUGAGCGCUCACCCACAUAGAGAGCUGUCAAGGGGAAGUUCUCUGUUGAACACAGUCAUUAAAAUUCUAACCACCGUAACUAACUUGGAUCACAAACAACCAAAUGAAUGGAAGCGUCUGUGGUCUUGGCAAGUCCAGAAACAUAUAGGCUACAUAUGACGAUAAUUUACUAAAACAUCAAGCUAUGAAGAAAAACUCCAAGAGGAACAACAAUUCAAGAGUUUCUAACAUAGAAUCGAACUCUGUGGAUACUGAGAAGGGAAAAAAAGAGAGUCAGAAUAACUUUGUGGAUCUGCUGCCUCCAGAAGUUACUUUUAAAAUUUUCAGUCAGCUGGACGUCCAGAGUUUGUGCAGGGCUUCGAUGACUUGCAGGAGCUGGAAUCAUGUAAUAAGAAACAACAACUCCUUAUGGAAACCUCAUUGCCUGACUCUGAGAGCCGUGUGCCAAAGAGAGAUCGAUGAUGAUGUAGAAAGUGGUUAUCCUUGGAGGGUAAUACUCCUGAGGAAUUACCAGAAGAGUAAAGUGAAACAUGACUGGCUAAGUGGCAGAUACAGCAACAUAUGUUCUCCUGUUAGCCUACCAGAAAAAAUCAUGUACCCGAUGGAUGCGGACACAUGGGGGGAAAUUUUAGAAGCAGAAAUGGAAAGAUAAGCAGAAAAAUCACACACAGAUCUCCUAACUUUGAGAGUUUAAAAGUAAAAUGACUCUUGAGGUUGUAAAAGGUAUAUCUUUAACCGUCCAUUUUUUGGUUUGCCUUUUUACUACUUAGCAUUUAAAAGAAAACUAAGUAGAAAAUAUAAAAAUAAAGCUUUGUUUUUAUUGCAUGCUUUAGCAAAAAAAUGUUUCUGGUUUAACUGUAAUGUGAAAAAAUCAUGAAAUAUUAUUUAAACUGUACUAAUAGAGUGAUUUCAGAAUGUACUAUUUCAUGUAUUUGUGUUAGUCGGUUGCAAUGCAUUAAUGACAAGACAAUUCGAUUGGUGCUUUUUACUUAAUGAUAAUUUGAAAAUUCAGGAAGCCAUUUGAAGAAACUGACUUAGAGAUUUAUAAUUAGUAGACAUAACUAGGUUCAUGGGAAGACUCCCUAAAUGAAAUUAAUAGCACUGUGUUUAAAUGUAUAGUAAAUUUAUAUUUCAGUAACUUUAAAGUUUUCAUUUCUAGGGAAUCGAAUUGAACUGUCAAAACAUUGAAACCAUUUUAAAAAUGUGUUAAACUUGUGGUUUAGUUUAAAAUUAAUCUGACCAGAGGGCUAAAACUUGAGAUUAAGAUUCCCCAUUACUUGCCUACAAACCUGGAAUUGUUCUCAGGGCUGAAAAUAUAUGGAGAGUUUCCAGAGCACUUAACUGCCAUCUAGGCCUCCAACCAAUUUUUCUUGGUAAAACGUACCAUCUUUCUAACAGCCUUAGAGCGCCAUCUAGUGUACUACUGGUGCAUAACCACGACAAAGGACUUCAACUCCUUUUUCCCUCCACUCUCAAAAGAAAGAAAAAUAUUAUUUUAGAGAAACCUACAUACUUGACUUUGUUGAAGUUUAUUGCUUUGUAAGAACCUUUAACUUUUUUUCUCUUUUUCUUAAAACUAGGUGAUAUAGUACUCACUGUACCCGAUUGUUCAUUUUGAAUCUGUGGCCAGCACCGUAGUUAAAAGUGUUUACAAAACAUUGUAGUCAUUAUGGGUUUUUCUCCUUAAAUUGUGCUCGACAGCAUGAAAAAUAGGAGUCCAGGAAACCAGGGUUUAACGAAUAGGCAAAUAUCAGAAGGAUGCCCCACACUGUACAAACUCCUUUUGUUGGGUCAAGUAGGCGAUGCUUGAUUGUCGCCUGCUGUCUUCGUAGAGUUGGAAGGCGCCUUGAACAUCGGGCAGUCCACUCUCUAAGAUUGUCCUGUAAUCCCGCCGUGGGAACGGUCUUCCUCUCACCCAUCAUUGAUUCUUUUCUUGGCAAACUCAUUUGUAAAACUCAUCAUCUUGACCUGGAAACCAUCCUUAACUUCUACAGUCCUCAAUUAAGUGACCCCGACCCUCUUAAGUUUCCCAUAGUUCUUUGUGCAUACCGUUCUCAGCACUGUCAUACUACCUUAAAUUGUCUGUUCUGUUUGUCUGUCUCCCCUUUUAGACUAUGAGCUUUUUACACUUGAUCUUAGCCAAAAGGCCGAGAAGCAAUGACUGUGAGCUUUUUAAUGGCAGGGACCAUUUAUUUAUUUUUGUAUUUCCAAACAUGGAACACAGUAGGUAUUCCAUAAAGAUGUAUUAAAUUAUUUCUUUAUUAUUUAUUUUAAUCCUACCCAGAAUGUAUAAUAAAAAUAAUUUAUCAUAUUGUUAGUGGACAAGAUUGUAUUGAAAUGCAAUGUACAAUCCAUAAAAUAUAUGAGAAGCUUGAUAUGAAUGCUGAUAUGUGAAUUAUUCUCAUCUUCUCCAAAGCUGUGAGAGAAAAACAGGAAAGUAAACAUUUUUUAAAUUUUUUGAAUAAACACUUGAAAAUAAACUUAACCCAGAAAUAUCACUUAUUAUUUUUAAUUAUUGGGUCACCCCCAAUCAGUUUUAAACAUUAUUUUGUUAUAUGACUAAUCUUUAGGUUUUUUUAGUUCUAUACUAUGAAAACAAUUCUUUAUAAGCUAAGUUAUAAGCUAUGAUCACAGUCUAUAGUAAAGGGAAAAUUUUGGAUACCUUUUAUGGAAUGGGCUUAGAAUGAACUGUACAUUUAUCAGACCAAGCCAUUGGCAUCUGAGAACAUGUGCAGGUGGAACAGAAUGGAAGGAAGGAAGGGGUGUUUUUACUCAGAGAUAAAAUGUCAUGUGCACCCAGUUUGUAAAAAGAGACAAGUUUAUUGGGGACAGAGGAUUAAGGAAUUUCCGAUUUUUAAAAAAUACUUGACCAGCUCAAGAUCUAGUUUUUUGGUUUUGUUUUGUUUUUUUUUUUUUUUAAUUUAGGAAUCUUUCUCUAGUUGCCUCUAGUUUAUAACAAUCUUAGACCAGGAUAAUCAUCAAUAAAAAUUUACCUUAGAAUUGUCAUGUAUACAAGCCUAAUUUGAAAAAUACACCCCUAACCGCUAAUUUUCAUCUUUGCUUUGACUUGAUAUGAUAUCUUCUUUCCAAAACUUCAAAUGCCCUAGUAAUAGUAAUAAAAAUAAGUUGAGGAGUAACACUAAGAAAUGGCUUGGGAAGAAUCAUCCAUAAGAUUGACAAUCACACAUUUUUAUUUAGAGUUGAAAGACCAAAACCAUCAAAUGGAUGAACUUAGAUCAGCAAUGAACAAAGUUGAUUAAUUACAAUAGCCAACAUUUAUUGAAUGCCUACUCUGCCCCAAGCCUUGUGCUUAUGUGGGGGGUACUAUUACUCCAUACCCAUUUUAUGCCUGAGGAAACUGAUAGUUAAGAGAAUGAUCUCAUGUAUCAAGUUCAACCCUCCUCCCCAGCACCUAUAAAAGUAUGUAAUACACAGUAGGUGCUUAUUAAAUUUUUAUUUUGAACGAAUUAAAAACUUCUAUGAGAAUGAGUAACUCAAACAAAAGAGCCAAGACUGUUCUUCAACCUUCCAUUUUGAAAAAUUUCAAACCCACAGAAAAGUAAAAAUAUAUGACAAAAAAACUCUUACGUAUACCCUUCACCUAAAUACACCAGUGGUUAACGUUUCCACAUUUUAUUAUUUGUUUUUGCUGAAGCAUUUGAAAAUAAGUUGCAGACAUGACACUUCACCCCUAAAUACUUCAGCUUUCAUCUCCUAAGAGUAAGUACACUCUCCUAUAGACAAUAUUUCUCAUCUAAAAUGUUUUAUAUUAAUUCACUAAUAUCAUCUAAUUUACAAUCCCUAUUUAAGUUUAACCAAUGGUUAAUCAGAGUUAAUCUGUUGAAAAGUAAAGACAAAGAGAACAAUGAAAGCAGUCAAAGAAGACGGACAAACUACCUCUGGAUAAACAGUAAUUAAACUGAAUGAUUUUUUUUUAAGUCUUCUGAAAUUCAAAGCAGCUAAUUCCUUUCUUCUUAGCUGGAUCCACCCUCCCCACAAAGCUCUGGAUGCCUGUCUUCACAGGUGGAGGGCGACUUAUUGGGGAUGAAAAGUACAGUGGGAAGUGUUACCAGAAAAAAAAAAAAAAUCACCCAUUCUAUUGUUCCUCUACACGGUAAAACAAGGCAGGAAAAGGAAGAAAGAGUAAGAAUGGUAGAGACUGAAUAAGACCGAAAAAGGUCAGAGUACAAAGCAAGGAUGCAAAUCAGUUCUGACAAAAGCUCAGCAUUUUUUUGUUGUUGUUUAUUUUUUGGCAGAGGAGGUGGGGUAAUCAAGUUUGUUUCUUUCUUUGUUUAUUUUGAUGGAGGUACUGGGGAUUGACCCAGGACCUUGUGCAUGCUAAGCACGCGCUCUACCACUGAGCUAUACCCCCCCAAACAAAAGCUCUCUAUAUAUUAUAGAUAGAUAUAUAAUAUUUUUAUAUUCAACCAUACUAUAAAUAACCCCACAUUUUUAGUAAGCCCUUUUCACAUUUUCCAACACCUCCCUAGUCCCUGCCAGUCAGGGCAGAAUGGAUGAUAAAAUAAAAUAAAACUAGAGGUUUGCAAACCACACCAAUUAUGCCCUGUUACCGUAAACACUAACUUGUCGAGGAAAAAAAUUUUCAUAACCAUUUUCUGAGGCCUGUUUUACAGCUACGGGUCUUCUGAGCUCUGCAGGGAAGAAACUGACUGCUGGUUUCCCAGUUUGCUCAUUUUGAUUUAGUUUUAAUAUGACAAAAUUAUCUAUUUGAGUAUCACACAGUGAAAGCCUUGUGGGAAAUACAUAAAAUCAUAGAAGAAGCUUUCUAAAAGUCACAUUUGAAAAUUUCUUAACUCAAUGCAGUGUCUGUGUUUUUUAUCGCCAGUAAGAAGCCUAGGCAGGAUUUUGUUUUUUUCUUUAUUCUUAUAAGUUAAUUAUAAUAAUUUUUAAAGACUUUUUAGCAUUGUUUUUUCCUGUGUGGCCUAUUGUUUUGUCAGUUCAGCUUCUUUUUUCUCUCCUAGAUUUCUUUUAUGAUAUAUUUUUAAAAUUUACCUUUUCCCUAAAUGUUUUGUCUUGAAAAUUUUCAAACAUACAGAAAGUUGAAAGAAUAAUUUAAUGAUACAAUCAGCCCAGAUGAUCCAAUUGUUAACUUUAGCCACAUUUGCUUUCUGUAUAGCAGGUUUCUAGACCUUGGCACUGUUGACAUUUUGGGUUGUUUAAGGGGCUGUCCUGUACUUGCGGGAUGUUUAAUAGCAUCUUUGGCCUCUAGUCAUUAGAUGCCAGGAGUCCCCCUUCCCAAAUAGUGACACAAAAAUGCCUCCACGCAUUGCCACAUAUCUCUGAUACACAAUCGCUCUAUAAUAAACACACACACACCACUUUUGUUGAGCUGAAGUAUUUCAAACUAGGUUUUCAGGCCUCAUGGUAUUUUACUCAUAAAUAACCACAGCAUGUAUUUCCUCAGGACAUACACCCACUCUAAUACAACCACAACCCCAUAAUCAUACCCAAGAAAUUUAACUUUCAUACAAUUGUAUAUUAUCUUAAUACUCAGCUCAGAUCCAAAUGCCACUCAAUUGAUCACAGAAGAGUAUGAUUUCGAGCUUUUGAAUGCUUGCCAAUCUGUUAGUGAGAAAUAUCUUAAUGUAGCUUUUUGGCAAUGAUUUAUUUUGAACGUUUUCAAACAUACAAGAAAGUUGAGAUAACAUCCUCAUUGUAGAUUUCAUUUGCAUUUCUCUUGUCAUGAAUUAGGUUCAUACGUUUAAAGGCACCUGUAUUUUAAAGUCUUUGCUUUUCUCAAGUUUUGAAUGCUUUGUAAAUAGAAGUUAGCUCUUUGUCUAUUGUAUGUGGCAAUUAUAUUUCUCCCAGUUUGUCACUUGUCUUUUGAUCUUGCUUGAAGUGGCUUUUUUCCCAAAACUUCUUCUUAUUAACGUAGUCAACUUUGUUGAUGUUUUUCAUUAUCGCAUCUGGAUGAUGAGCUUAUUAUAAAAGGGUUUCCCACAGCAAGACUAUAAAUAAAUUAACUUGGGGUUUUUUUUUUUUUCUAGUAUGUUUUUAGUUCACUUUUCCAUUUGGAGUUUGUCCUGGAGUAUGAUGUAUGUUACGGAUCCCAAAUGAUUUUUUUUUUCAAAUAACUGUGCGGUUGUCCUGACACUGUUUUCUAACAAGUCUGUCUUUAACCCAGUCAGUUGAGAUGCCACUUUACCCAUUAAUAAGGUCUACUUGGUCCUAUUUCUGAAUUUUCAGUUAUGUUCCAAAUCUAUCCAUCUAUUCAUGCCAUACUGUUUUGGUUAUAGAGAAUAUAAUAGUAUUUCAUAUUUAAUAUUUAAAUUAAUAUAUUAGUGUUUAAUAUAUUUUCCUAUAUAUGCAUGUAUGUUCAUUUUUCCAUGCAAACUUCAGAAUCUUGUCUAGCUUCAAGAAAAACACUUGUUGAAAUUUUAUGAAAGUAGUGUUAAAUUAGGGAUAAGUUACAUACUUAGGAUGUCAAAUUAUCUUACCGCAGACCAAGGAAUUUUUCUUGCAGGAAUAUUUUACGUUAUUCCUCAUAUGGGUUUUGUACAUUUCUUUUUAAGUUUAUUUUUCAAGUAUUUUUAUCUUCUAUGCUAUUAUUGGAAGUGAGAUUUCCCCCUCGUUUAUCUUCUAAUAGGUUACCAUCACAAAUACACACACACACAUACAGACACAGCAUUAAUUUUUGGACAUUGUACAUUUGUUGCUUGCUAACUUAUUGAAUUCUUUUGUUCAUAUUAGUGUUAUUAUUGAUUCCCCUGGGGUUUCCAGAUGUAUUACCACAGGACUUGCAAAUGCAGUUUUACUUUUUUAACCCCAAUAUUUUAUGUCCGUAUUGUUUCCUUGAAUGAGUACACUGACUAAUGCAUCCAGCAUGAUGUUAAACAGUGAACAUCUUUGCCUUGUUCCUUACCUUAGUGGUAAUGCUUCCAGUAUUUCUCCAUCAUAACAUUUCCUCUUUCUAUUAUAUAUCUAAAUCUGUAUCUAUAAUUUGUGUAUAUAUAAUCACGUUAAGGGAAUAUCCAUUAAUUUCUAUUUUAUCUAAUACUUUUUAUUAGGAAUGCGUAAUGAAAUUUAUUAAGGGACUUUAAAUCUAUAAAUUAAGUUGUGCAUUUCUCACCUGAGAAUGUUUAAGAACUUUACAAAUACUAUGUUACUCUUCUACACACUAUAACAAUGGUUUCUUCGGUUGACAUAACACGUGUAUUUUCUCAGACCCAGAAAACCAACAAUAUUGAAGAUCAUAUGCUGCAACUUUGAAAAACUUGAUGAACAAGCAUCUUUCUUAUCUAUAAUUAUCUAUUAUACAAUAAUAAUAUCUUUCAUGAAUUAAGUACAUUUUAUGUGGCCAUUUACCCAUAAAAGUCUUGAAAAGUAGUUUUUGCCAUCACUGUUUUAAAGAUGCACACAUGAAGGCUCAAAAAAAGCAAAGUAACUUAAAUGGUAUGACAUAGCUUUUACAUGGGGGAUAGAGACUCUGACCCUGGGUCUGACUCAAACUUUCUGCCACACAGUUCCUGAGACCUGGUGAAUGCUAACCGGCUGCCAGCAGAGGGAGCGCUAUUCCUAUGGAAACUUAGACAAAGAACUUGAGCCAGAGAGGAAACAGUUCAUUUCAACUUUGUUAACUGACUGGAAAAUUUCAGACAUCAGAAUUUGUCUAAACCCUUUUAAUUACAAAUGACAGAACUGAAACUAGCCCUGCCCAUCCCAGGUGAAAGGGUUGGUUGGACUGAGAGUCGAGUGGAGUCUUUCCUGGAAGAGAAUAUAGGAUAUAAUCCAAAAAUAAUAAACAGAUUCUACAGCAAAAAAGUUAAGAUGUCAGAAAAUAUAAUCCUCUCCAAUGAAGAGAUUUUCACUUUAUACCGCCCUCCAGUCCUGCCCUGACCGCCCAGUGGGUUUCCACCUUAAUCGCCAAAGGCACAAUUAAAAACAUCUGAAUUCAAUGUUUUUUUUGGUCCAGAAAAAAAAAAAAAAAAGUCCACGUCAUUAUUCUGUGCAGAUGUUUUUCCAUGGGGGUAUUGUUUCAUUUUCCAUGGGUUUGUUCUCCACAUCUUCAGCUCCGUGCCUCCGCUGAUUCUGCAGUCCUUUGAGGUUGGGCUGUAGUUGUGAGUCUAUUGUACUGAGGUAAUGAAAUGCAAGCUCUGAAGUUGGUUCCAAAAGCUUAAAAUUAGACAUUUAUGGUUUAACAGUCUUUAAAGGUAAAGAAAUUUCUCAGCCUUUUACUAACAUUGUGAAUAAAUUCUGCUCCCUUAUAUGAAAAGACUAGAAAAGGAAUUCAGCCAGGAGUCAAGACACUUCUAGAAUCAUGUUUUAUCCUUUCCCUUUGAAACUCUCUUAGGCAGAAAGAGUGAGCCAGGGACCUUGGGAAGUCGAGCAAGGUAAUCAAAAUUCACAUGCAAGAUUCCGUUUCAUUUGAAAACACACCUGUCAUGUGUAAGCUUUGAAAUUUAUCUUCUGAAUUACACACUUUAUUAUGUAUACAGUAUCUACAUCUCAGAAUGGAAAGCAAAAUAUUCCCAAGUACAAUGUAAAAUUGUAUCUCAAUAUGACUUAGUUUUGACUCCAUAUGACUCCUUUCCUGAACCUGCCGAGAGCACAGUAUAUUGGUGAUACAAAAGUCACCACUCAAGUUUAAUGGACAGAUAUUUAAAGAGAUAUGUUCCCUCUAUACCCACUUUGAUAAAAGUUUUUAUCAUGAGUGGGUAUUGAAUUUUAUCAAAUGCUUUUUCUGCAUCUAUUGAGAUGAACAUGUGGUUUUUGUCCUGCCUUUGGUUGAUGUGGUGUAUCACAUUGACUUGUGUGUAUUGAACCAUCCUUGUGACCCUGGAUAAAUCCAACUUGACUGUAGUAUAUGAUCCUUUCUUUAUGCAUUGUUGGAUUUGGUUUGCUAAUAUUUUGUUGAGAAUUGUUGCAUAUUCACUAUGCUGUAUGCCAGAAACUAAAACAACAUUGUAAAUCAACUAUACUUCAAUUUAAAAAAAAAUACAUUGAUUGAUACUCAA